GGCGCUUGUGAGGUAUCUUCCAACGGUAGCUGGUGAAUAUGCUAUUCACAUUUUAUGCGAUAAUGAAGAUAUAAACAAGAGUCCAUUCAUUGCACAAAUUCAAUCAAAAUCCAAUUUCCAACCGGAUGCGGUUAAAUGCACUGGACCCGGAAUUCAAUCAUAUGGAGCCAUAUUGAAUUGUAGCACUGAAUUUAAAGUUGACACAAGCGAUGCAGGCAGUGCACCACUUGAAAUUAUCAUACAAGACACAUUGGGAACACAGUUGGUGUACAAAACUAAAACGAAUGAAAAUGGUGUAACCACAUGUUCAUAUACACCAAAGAGCACUUUGCCACAUGUCAUUGAAGUGAAUUACGGUGGUGUUGCUGCAUCAGAGUCACCAUAUCGUAUUUAUGUGUCAACACCGCCCGAUGUAUCCAAGAUUCGUGUUUACGGUGACUGGUUUGAAACGAAAACCAAACUAAACGAAUGCAAUCAUUUCAAUGUUGAUACAACUCAAGUAGAUUAUGCCGAAUUGAAUGUAUAUUUAAUUCACGAAGAAAGUUGCACAAAAAUUCCAGUUAGUAUUGCAUCAAAUGACAAUGGUGUUUAUACAAUAGACUUAAAUGUAAAAAAACCAGGGAAUUAUUUAACGAAAAUAUAUUACGGUGGAAUACCAUUGUCAAUCACACAAAAGGUGUAUGUUCCACCACUUCCAAAUAAUUACAUUCCUGAAUCAUCCACACCAGAGGCCUAUCCACAGAAGGUGAAAGUGUUCGGUCCGGCAUUUUCGGAGGCGCCACUUGUUGCCGGCGAAGCAACCCAUUUUAAUAUUGAUGUAUCGAAGGCUGGACAAGGCAUUGUUGCCGUUUGUAUAUUUAACAUGCAUGGAAUACCUGUUGAUAAUGUGUUUGUUGUGAACAAAGGUGGUGGCUUGUAUACGGUUAAUUUCAUUCCGCCAAAUGAAAAAUCCAUCGUGAUUAGUGUUAAGUUUGCACAUCAAAAUGUUAAUUCAAGUCCAUUUCUGCUAACGAUCAUUACAAAAGAUGAUGAAAAAACCGCGCUAGUCAACAAGACACAAUCCAUUCGUCGCUCUGAUAUUAGUCUAGCUAUUGAGGAUCAUUCAAGCGAUCUCGAAGAAUUGGAAGCAACGACACAAAGUAUUGAUUCGUCUAAACACGCUCGCAUUUAUUUCAAUAAAUUGCCAAUAUCUCGACCGUUCAAUGAGCUAAAAGCGCAAGUGAAAAUGCCAAGCGGAAAAAUUGAUUUACCGCUUAUCGAAGACAACUUUGAUGGCACAAUUCGAGUCCAAUAUAAUCCAAAAGAAGAUGGCGUUCAUGAACUAAUUCUACUGCAUAAUGGAGCUCCUGUUCAAGGUUCACCAUAUAAGUUUCAUGUGGAUUCGCAGUCAAGUGGUUGCUUAACUGCAUAUGGUCCGGGUUUAUCGGGUGGUAAAUGUGGGGAACCGUGUGUUUUCACCAUUUCAACAAAGGGUGCCGAAGUGCCAUUAUUAUCGUUGUCUGUUGAGGGACCCAGCAAAGCAAAAAUUUCCUACACCGAUAAUAAAGAUGGAACGAUUUUGGUGACGUUUUUACCAACGGAAGCAGGGGAUUAUAAAAUUUCGGUUCGUUUUGGUGAUAAGCACAUAGCCGGCUCACCGUUUGUAUGCAAAGUGGAAGGUGAUGCGAAAAAAAGCUUAAGAAAUCAACUAUCAAUUGGAAGUGGAUGUUCGCAGGUAACAUUGCCAGGUGUUUUGACCGAUGCUGAUUUACGUUCAUUGAAUGCUAUCAUCAUGACACCGUCUGGUAUUGAAGAGCCAUGCUUCUUGAAACGUUUACCAUCGGGUAAUAUUGGCAUUUCGUUUACACCACGUGAAACGGGAGAGCAUACUGUUAGCGUUAAACGCAUGGGCAUCCAAAUUAAAAACUCACCGUUUAAAAUUAAUGUUACCGACAAAGAAGUUGGUAAUGCAAAAAAGGUAAAAGUUACCGGUACCGCACUUACUGAUGGCAAAACACACACAGAUAACACAUUUGUUAUUGACACCCGAGAUGCUGGCUAUGGUGGUUUAUCUUUAUCAAUUGAAGGGCCCAGCAAAGCUCAAAUUAAAUGCUUGGAUCAAAUCGAUGGAACAUUGAAAAUUUCUUAUAAGCCAACUUUACCCGGAAACUAUAUACUAAAUUUGAAAUUUGCCGAUCAUCAUGUCGAAGGAUCACCAUUUAAUAUCAAUGUAACCGGCGAAGGAAAUAAUUCUCAACGCGAAAAUAUUUCGCAACAAACGUCGGCCGUGCCAUCGAACGAUGUUGGCAGCAAGUGCAAAUUAACAUUUAAAAUGCCAGGCAUUACAUCGUUUGAUCUUGCAGCCAGUGUUACAUCGCCAAAGGGCAUUUGCCAAGACGCUGAAGUGCAAGAAAUCGAAGAUGGACUGUAUGCCGUUCAUUUUGUACCAAAAGAAGAAGGAAUCCAUACAAUCUCUGUCAAAUACACAGACAUUCACAUACCGGGUUCACCGUUCCAAUUCACUGUUGGCCCAUUCAGUGAUUCUGGUUCGCAUUUGGUGAAAGCUGGUGGUUCCGGUUUGGAAUUUGGUGAAGUUGGUGUUCCAGCUGAAUUCAAUAUUUGGACACGUGAAGCUGGUGAAGGAAAAAUUGCCAUUUCAAUUGAAGGACCAAGUAAAGCUGAAAUAAAUUUCAAAGAUCGCAAAGAUGGAUCAUGCAAUGUGGCUUACACAGUUAAAGAACCAGGAGAAUACAAUGUCAGCUUGAAGUUUAAUGAACGCCACAUUCCGGAUUCGCCAUUCAUAGUUAAAUUUACGCCGCCUGCUGCUGAUGCGCACAAAGUCGAAAUUGCCCAGUUCCCGCAAGGUGCUAUUCAAACGAACACACCAUCACAGUUUUUGGUGCGCAAAAAUGGUGCCAAAGGUGACAUUGAUGCAAAGAUCGUUUCACCAUCAAAUCUAGAAGAUGACUGUUUCGUUCAGGCCAUUGACUCGGAAGAGACGUCCGUUCGAUUUUAUCCACGUGAAGAAGGAAUUCAUGCUAUCCAUGUCAAAUUGAAUGGUGUUCAUAUACCCGGUUCGCCAUAUCGUGUUCGGGUCGGCAAAGAUGUUGCCGAUGCAUCUGCUGUAAAAGCCGAAGGUGUUGGCUUGAAAGAUGCUGUUACUGGCCAGAAAUCACACUUCCUAAUCAGUACAUUGGAUGCCGGCUCAGGAACAUUAUCAGUAACGAUGGAUGGACCUGCCAAAGUGUCAUUGGAUUGUACGGAAAUUGAUGAUGGUUAUAAAGCAAGAUAUACACCAUUUUUGCCUGGAGAAUAUUUUGUAUCGGUUAAAUACAAUAACACCCAUAUCGUUGGUUCACCAUUCAGAGUGAAUUGCACAGGCAAGAGUUUGGUUGAUGAGGGUGGCCAAGAAUCAACAAGUGUUUCUGUGCAAACGACUGCAAAACACUCAAAAGGUAAUAAAAAUGGUCCCGCUUUACCAGUAUUCAAUGCUGAUGCAUCAAAAGUUACCAUCAAAGGAAUGGGCAUUAAAAAAGCUUUCGUAGGAAAACAAAAUCAAUUUACAGUAAAUGCAUCCGAAGCAGGUCAUAGCAUUUUGUUUGUCGGUUUGUACAAUCCAAAAGGACCAUGUGAAGAGGUGCAAGUAAAACAUACUGGCAAAAAUACGUUCACUGUCAACUAUUACAUACGAGAACGAGGCGAAUACACAUUACUCGUGAUGUGGGGUGAAAAUCAUAUUCCUGGUUCACCUUUCUUGGUUGAAGUGCCAUCUAAAUGCUGAACUAUAUUAUUUCUGCCCGCUCAGCACAUGAGAAAUGUAUCAAUUUUUUUGAUCAUAUAUUUAUUACCAAUAUAUCUCUCUAUCUACUUAUGCAUACUAUCAUCUGGAGUCACUUCGCAAAUUUCGAAGUAUUGACUCUCUCAGUUUUUGCAAUAUCCAUUCUGGUGUGGUCUUUCUCUUUGGAGUUUCGUUGCAAAUACUUCCCAAUUUUGUUUUUAUCAAAUGCAAUUUUCUUUUGAAUGGAAUUUCAAUAUUAUAAACAGAAAAAAAAAUAGUUUUGCAUGGCGUGUCAAUGUUUAAAUAGACAGACAGAUUUACAUGUAGCUUGUUUCAUACCUCUAUUUAACUGGUGAGUGUAUUUUAACAUUUAACAUAUAUAUUUAUAUGUGAAUUGUGUCUCCUCAACCUGAACGAAAUUAUUUCGUCUCUCUUUUUUUUAUCUAUAAAAUAUUUAGUCAAUCCCGAAUCGUGUUUAAAUGUAAAUUUUGAGAAAAACGCAAUAAAAAAUAAAACGAACAGAAAACAUCA